AUGGGAGAUGGAGGACCCCUGCAGACCGAGGGGAAUGCCCUCCUCAAAGCCGUCUUCCAGGGGAAGCUGAGGCUGACCCGCCUGCUGCUGGAGGGCGGCGCCUACAUCAAUGAGGGCAACGAGCGCGGAGAGACCCCCAUCUCCGCUGCCUGCUUGGCGAGCUACGACGACCCACAGACCCGGCAGAGGAUGAUCCGGUACCUUCUGGAGAAAGGUGCUGACCCAAACAUCCCUGAUAAGAGUGGGAGGACAGCGCUCAUGCACGCCUGCGCCGAGCAGGCAGGGAAGGAAGUGGUGUCAGUGCUGCUGGAGAACGGAGCUGAUCCCAGCCUCAAAGACUACUCUGGCUCCUCUGCCCUUGUCCACGCUAUUAACAAGGGGGACCGCGACACGCUGCAGGUCCUGCUGGAUGCCUGCAAGGCAAAAGGCAAGGAGGUGAUCAUCAUCACCACUGAUACGUCUCCGUCAGGCACCAAGAAGACCAAACAGUACCUCAACUCUCCCCCCUCCCCGGGCAUCGUGGACAAGCUGUCUCCGGCCUGCAUGUCUCCCUCUGAUGUAGAGAUCGGCACCUCCUCGCCGGCAGGAGACAAAAGCGAUGAGGGGAUCUUCAGCUUCGCCCUCACCUCGGCUUUACCUUUACCUUCAACUCGACCCCCAGGUGAGAAGAGACCGCCGCAUCGCAAACUGCUGAAGAGGUUGAACUCGGAGCCCUGGGGCCUGGUGGCGCCUUCAGUACUGAGUGGGGUUCCUCAGGACCGGGUGGACAAAGGUCUGGAGGAGGAGGGCAACUGUGAUGUCAACAGGACAAUCACUGGGAUUAAUGGCCUGUCCAUCACAGAACCUGUCAGACCUCUGCUGUCACGGCGACACAGCAUCGAGACCCACGACCCCUGUUCCCCCAAACUCAUCGACCGGUCCUGCUCUGAGGACUGCGCAGCCCUCUCUGGCUCCUGGGCUGACAAAGUUCAACAGCACCAGAUCCUGUACCGCAGAAACACAGCUCCAGAAUCCCAGGAGAAUGCUGGUGGACCUGGGACAGUUGCAGCUCGGGCCCUGACUCACCCCAAACUGACCCGGAUGGAGCACUAUGAGUCGGACACCCACCUCUGCCCAGAGUCCAUCCCUGGAUCUCCGGACUCUGGUCGGGUGUCUGUGGAACGUAGGAGGUACAACGCCUCCCCCCUGUCCCUGGUCACCAGCUCCUCCAGGGAGUCACUGGAGAACAUCCCCAACUCGGUGUCCCCUAUCACCAUGCGCCGGCGUCCCCCAGGUCUCUUGGAGCGCCGGGGCUCUGGGACUCUCCUGCUGGACCACAUCUCCCACACCAGGCCUGGCUUCCUGCCUCCACUCAACAUCAAUCCCCAGAAACCCAUCCCCGACAUCCGGGCAAAUGGCAAGCCAACCUCCCCAGUCCACUCCGGACACAAGAUCCUGGUCCCGGUGGCCCCGGCCUCGCCCAAACGGGGCCCGGAUUUCAAGAUGAAGAAGAAGCUGAUGAGGAGACAUUCGAUGCAGACGGAGCAGAUGAAGCAGCUUUCCACCUUCCAGGAGAUCCUAGCUGAGAAAGUCAUCGAGUCCAAUGGAGAUUGA